AUGGCCGUCCUCAAAAGCUCUCGUGCCCGCCCUAACAAGAAUCAGCGCGGCUGGGGCAACCUACCUCCCCAUCUACUCAACCUCAUUUUCAGCAAUGUCCUUGAUGACUUGACACUGGACAUCUGGCGUCCCUUUCCCGACAGCAGCCACUCUGUUGCGCUCGCUGUUGCUCGCCGCAACUGGCUGUCGGGAAUGCGCGCCACCUCAAGUGGAUGGUACACAGCAGUCAAUUCACAUCCAUUCUGGGCCGAGCUCAUCACCACCAUUCGUACAGACCUCGUCGGCAUCCCACGCGGGCCCACGUUUUACGCCGCACGUGCGAUGACAUCGGAUGUCUGCAUCCCCUGCAGGCUCUCGUUUCCCAUGCGGCCACCGCAGAGUGCAUCGUAUAGUAUGCCCACCGACAGCUUGGGGCGCAUCCCUACGUGUCAACUCCACUGGGCCCAAAUCUGCUCCCAUUGCCUGCGUGUGCAACCCAUGGACGUGCGCACCGAACCCAACUUAUUCCUCCGUCGUCCAGUCAAUGGAGACGUCGACGAGCGCGGUAGGCCCCGCAACAAUCAGGGUCUACUUUGCCGGCCAUGUCGAGAAGUCGCCUUCAAUGCGAUGCUUCGGUGCGGCCUUGAGACCUCUGCCCGGGGGGGUGAAAUUCGCGGGUUUGACAACGCAUGGCAGCAUACCAUCUCCUUCAAGGAGUAUGUCUACCUUGGCCAAGGCCGCUCCGACGAGAUGGCGCUGCAGGCUAUCGAAGACUGGUUCCUGAUGCACCACACCAAUUACUACCAACUACUCACUGAAAUCGGCAACGUUCAAGCAUUACUUCGCAAGUUCAAGAUGCACCUCUUUGAGCAUCAUACGCUCCAACCUCCACCCUACGAGGCAAGUCAAAUCUCGAGGAUUCUCUACAGCAUGUUCGACGAGGACGACCAGAGUGAUUUCGAUCUGGCCCGGUUGUAUCGCCGGUGGUGCCACGAGAUCGACAACAAUGAGUACACAGAGAUUGAGUACCGUCUCGACAUUGAGCGCGUUCGUCUCAACCUGAGCGCCGCAUCGUUGUGGCCCUGGAUCCGCAACAAGGUGGUCCUUCGUACUAUCGACCUCUGGGCCGUGGAACGCUUCAACAAUGGCUACUGGGUCAUGCCGUGGGACGAAAUCGCGCAGAUGCGCGACCCGAACAAGCAGAUCCAUACGCCCCUGUAUGAGAUUGCGUUUCACGGCUCACGUGCUUCUGAAUACGGCAAGGCUUAUGUCGUAGACCGCUGGCGGAAUGGCGGCGGUCGAUUCCGGUUCAACGUCGGUCCGCACGAGCUGCGGGCCCGUGAACAGCGCAACGUGGAUCAAUUCCUCCCUCCCGAGCGCCUGCUUGGAAUGAAAGACCAACGCUUCACAGAGGUGUUGAGUCUACGAUUGGAGGCUGCGUUCGCCGUGAUCAUGAGGUCCUACACUCGCCUUCCCCUCGAAGAGUAUGGCCGCAUUGAAGCGCACCUCGCCACCUUGAAUGUGGAGAACAUCCUUGCGCUGCUCCAGGACCUGUACCCUUGGCAUGAGGCGGAGGAUCCGAGCGGCCGGUGGCCUCUUACUCUCUUUCCUCUGCCUCCAGCGUCCGACGCAACCGUAAUGUCGUCGAUCUCAGAGGAGGAAGACCCUGAGGAGCAAAGCUUUGCGCAGCUUGACAACGAGCUGCAUAGUGUGCAGAUCAAGCGCGACGACAUAGACCAUGACAACGAUGGAGACGACUGCAGUAACGAUUCCAGCGAGCCACGCGAGCCCCGGAUCGAGCUUGUCGCCACGAACGACAAUCAUCCGUCCUCGUAUGGUAUCAUGGACGGCUGGAUCACGACAUCCGACGAACCUGACGAGUUUGAAGAUGCGGAGCAGCACGAAGAUCGCGCGAGCGAACGCAGCGACUGGGACUCGACCGCCGACUCGAGCAGCCCGUCGCCCAAGCUGGGGAAGCGCAAGGCAGCGGACGAUGAGGCGCAGCCCGACGUCGAGCGCGCCCCGCGCAGCAGACUUGGAUCCGGACAAGCAUCGUCGUCUGGCGACUCAGCCAACACUGUGUUAGUCACUCCAGACGAGAGUCCGUCGUUGCUGGCUGAGGAACGCAUCGGAGUCGCUGAGGUGCACGAUGCGGCGUCGGAUACAACGCCUGUCGCGAUGAUGGCGAACAGCGCCACCUCUCCAAGCGCGUCACCAGCCCUCGGCAAGCGCAAGUCGCCUGACGACGACGAUCUGAUCCGUCCGCCACGUCGCGCGGCGUCGAUACCCGCAUCGACUCGCACCGCAGCCAGCGACACGACCGACGAUGACAUGGGAGAGGGACACGUGAAGGCAGACAAAAUCGAGCGCCGCACGCACCCAGUCGUCGAGAUAGAGGAAGGUCACCCCAAACUGGGCUUGACUGUCGAAGAUGGUAUGGGAAUUGGUAAUGCGCCGAUGGACGAGGACACGCAGGAAAGCGAGACGAGGCCCAGCAAGGGCUCAGGCGAACCGCCAUCGAGCUCCUCAAACAGCGAUAGAAGGGAGACUGGCCGGACUCCUUCGCCUGACCCGAAACAGCAGCCUGAUGUCGACCAGGCUGUCGAUCCGACGGCAGUCGCGGACGCGACUUGGGACGGGGCGGCGUCGGAGUACUCGGACCUGAUGUACGACUCGCAGUCGGAGGCGUCCGUCGACUCGGACAGACUGGCUGAAGUGCCGUCCGUCCCGGCAACGUCGGACCUCCUUGGCCCAACCGUGCGCAACCUGAUCUUAAGCUGUUUCUAUGGGUCGCGCGUGAAUCUGCGCGCCUGCUAUUGUUCGAUCUGCGUGCGCUCGAGGAAGGACGCCGCAGAGGCGGAGCGGCGCAGAUACGCGGAGGAGGAUGACAAUGUCAUCGUCGCUACUGUUCUUCGCAUCGCGUAA